AUGAAAACGCCCAAGGGAUUGAGGGAGCACCAGAAGCUGCUCGAUCUCGCCAAUGCAAACACGAGCUAUCUGGACAAGCUCAAGCCAUUCUCCAAGUUCAACCGCAACGGGCUCGAUGUUGCACUCUCAACGCGCCACGCGAGCGAGCUGUCCAAGGAGGACAUGGAAUUCUGCUUCAACUUGACAAAGACGAACAUGGAGACAAUCCGGUCGCUGACAAGCGCUGUCGAUGAUUUCCGUACGUGCACUGCUUUGCUGAAAAGGUAUAAUGCGAGCAGCUGGGGUUGGAGCGACCAGCGCAAGCGAACCGAGCUGAAGGAGGACACGGCACGAUUCUUGCUAGCACGAAGCCAAUCGUCUGCUGACGGUGCGCCUGGCCAGCUCGUGGCGUUUGUGCACUUUCGAUUUGACUUUGAAAGCACCGCCGACGAGGCCCAAAUACCCGUGAUUUAUUGUUAUGAGAUUCAACUAUCAGAGCCUGUCCAACGGAAGGGACUGGGCAAGUUCAUGAUGCAAAUCAUCGAACUGAUUGGCAUACAGGAGAAGAUGCUCAAGAGCAUGCUGACCGUUUUUCAAGCCAACACUUCCGCCAUUAAAUUCUAUCGCACCAUACUAAACUACGAAAUUGACGAAAUUUCACCGAGUCAGUGCGACGAUGACGAAGCCGAUUAUGAGAUUUUGAGCAAGCGGUUGCCGCAUCGCGCAUCGCUCACCGGAAAGUGA